GUUCGUGUCUUCGUGAGUUUUGUCGGCUGCUAUGUUUCCUCUUAUGUCUUGUCACUGUUGUCAGUAUUUUUUGCUUGCUAGCUACAGCCGUAUAUACCUGCGUUCUUGUUUACUUCUAAAGAUUAACCGAACCGGCUAACCACUAUGGCAAAUUGAAUAAAGAUUCAUACUUCACAAGCAAGAAAAGUAAUUUGUUUCGCUGAAAUGGAUGAAAUCGCUGACAGCUUAGAAGAUAGCAUUCUUUAUGAACUGCUCGUUUUCUCAGAAUGGUCACAGGAGCAAGAUGUCAUUAAUAAAAUUGUUGAUGAAUCUUAUUUGAGUUGGAGAAGUAUCCUAAAAUACUUAAAAAAGAGUUCUGGUGCUUAUUAUGUUGCUGAUUGGUUAAACCAGCAACUACCAUGGCUGUUCGCGGUUGGUUCUAAUGGUAAAGCAGUUGCUAUCCUUCAAGAUAGUGCUUUGGAAAUCCGAACCUCCAGAGAUAAUUAUUCUGUACCAAUUGGAAAAAAUUUUGUCUCCAAAGAUCAAUUCCCGCAAUGGAGAAAGUUACAGUGGAGCCCCGAUGGAACCCUGUUGGCCGUGGCACACAGUAGUGGAUCAAUUGAUGUUUACGACUUGCUGGCAACACAUCUGUUUGUCAUUCCUCCUCCCAAAGAAACUAUUUUGCAAGGCUCCUCAAAUGAAGUCCCAGCCAAUGUGAUAGCAGGGCUGGCAUUUGUUGACACCAGAACCAAAAAUGCUCACUGGUCGUACGAACUCAUAUGUUUGGAUCACUUUGGCCAACUUAGUGCUUUUUUUGUAUCACCUACCCAAGGCUUUAAGGAGAGUCACACGUUUUCGUUUGCGUCACACGUGCCUUAUGGUGUAACGGCGUUCUGUGCAGAUCAGUCGCGUAAUUUAUUGGUUUUAGCCUCCCCAGUUAUUACGUCGUGUGAGCCUAACAAUUCUGGAAACAAUCAAGGAGUAACCGGAGCCAAAUACGGUUUAACAUCAUGGAGAAUAAUUGAUGAACUCCCUUUCUACAUUCAAGCGCCUAUUGAGACAAAUCCGUUACCGAAUUUAUGGUUACAGUCAUUAAAGAAGAAACAAUAUGGAAACACUGUUGUUAAACUAAGUUCUUCGGCGGAUGGUUCUUCUCUAGCAGCUAUUCAUCUUUCCGGAGCUAUUUCAGUUUGGUCGAUUCCUGCCUUGAAUUGUCAACAGUUCUGGCCACUGGAUCGCCAGCCGGGCUUUGAUGAACUAAAUCCUGGGAUUCUUCAACUACCCGCUCAUCGCCGUGUACGCAGCCCUACUUUCCAAAAUCCAUUUAAAUUCCAUCCUGUUGAUGUUAAUUGGUGGUCAGCAAAUUCACUGGUCAUAGCCCGUUGCUCAGGAGCCGUUUCUGUGUGCGCUGCAGCGGAUCUUCGAAACAAACUUGGCUCUUCGGCAGAAUUCUUUGAAGGUUCUCCGCGUAUCAGUCCAGCAUUUGACAGUACUUUCUUAGGCCUGGAAUGUGAAGUGAAAGUAAAGCGGAAACGACUUCAGCCAACUACCGACGAUACAGCAGUAUCUGAUUAUGCCGACUAUGAAUUCGAAGACGAUCCGAGCGGAGAUGAAGAGAAAACAUUCAUGGCCCAAAGAGCCGUGCGCUCACUCCUUUAUUGGGUUACGGACAGUGAGCGUUUCCGACCACCCAGGAAACGCCCUAAACUCCUCACAAGGACGUAUCGUCUUUUAGGUUUUAAGCGAACAACUCCGGAUGAGCUCUACAUAUGGAAAUUAGACGCUGAAGAAUAUGGCGAAGCCUUGGCCCUGGCUCGAGUAUAUGGUCUAGAUUGCGAUCUGGUGUAUCAAAGACAAUGGAGAAAUGCACCUGCUACUAUUGCAACCAUCCACGAUUAUCUGAGCAAAGUGACCAAACGCAACUGGGUACUUCGUGAAUGUCUAGAACGUGUUCCCAGCGAUGUGGAUGCAGCCCGCGAACUCCUACUGUAUGGAUUGAAAAACACUGAUCUAGCCGUAGUUGUGGACAUAGAGGAAGGAGGUCGUAAUAAGCCACCUUGGGGUCCGAUUGAGUUCCAAGAAACGGAAUCUGAAAUGUUGAAAAAAGAAGAAGAGCAAAGAAGAAAGUGGCUGGCACAGAUCGAUUUUGAUAAUUUGACAGUGCAGCAAAAAAUGCUGAUAUCAACACGACGUCGUUUGCUACAGUUUCUCGAUCGAUUGUCCAUCUACGAGAUGAUCUUGGGGGGACCUCAUGCCGCAGGGCAGCGCUUUGACCCAUCUUUUUUCGAAACUUUUCGGUCUCAAACAGCAUUGGAAUCGACUGUAGGUUUUGCCCGGCAGGGUGAAUGGCAAGCCGUCGCCGUUAUGUUCACUUUCAAUGGACCCCAAACGCUACCUCACCGAUUGGCCGUCUGUUCUUGCUUCCCUGAAACCGUUCCGCCUUUUGAAUACCGCUCCGUUUUACCAGAAUGUGAUGUCGGCGAGGAAGUUUUCUUAUGGGAGCAACAGGAACUACGAAAGUCAGAUUGGUGUGAAUGCCCAGCCGCUCGGAUAGCUGUUGAUGUGGAUCGUCAGUUGGAGAUAGAAACCGUUGAUCAAUUCUACAGUGAAGAAGCCAAACAAUUAAAACCUUUCUUCUCUAUGGGAAUUGUACUAACUACCGACCUUGUUAGUCUAUGGUAUCGAACACGAGCUGCGGACAUCGAGAAACAAAGCAUGUUGGUGGAGAACGCGUUGGAUUUCAUCAAACUUGGCCUAGAAAGAAACGUGCCUCACUUGGAACGCAUCCAUCAUCAGUUAUUGACGCUGGAAACACUUGUCUACGACCUCCAGCAAGAACACCUCAACUUGGAAAGGCUCGACGCCAUGAGCGAGCUGAGCGUUUGUCAACUAAUCAUGGAUGGCUGUGAUGUUGAUUCUUUUUUACCGAAACUUCAUCGUUGGUUGAUGCCUUAUUUACGUCGCCUGGAUACUCUACAGCCUGGUCGUAUCAAGGAGCUAUUACGCGGCCUACUCGUAGUCAGGAGUCAAGAAAAUCUGGACUGGGCACUGCAGGUUUGUGCCAAUUCGAAGACGGAUCAGGCCAGCCCGAUUGUCGUCGACGCAAGUUUCUUGAUAUCGCUAGCUCUGGAAUGCAUCUACGCCUGCCAGAAGAAUGACCAACUUGAAGUGGCCAUGAAAAUUUACGAUUGCUUACCUGAGCGACCAACUGGCUCCAAAGCAGAUCCGCUACUAACCCAUCUACACGAUCAGUUGGAUCAGCUCCAAUCUCAUUUAGAGGCAGCUGACAUUCUCGAAAAUCACGACGUGGCCAUAACACCUGCGACUAUAUUGGCCAAGCAGAACGAUGUGGAGCAGCUUGAACAACUUUUCGUCCGUUUGACCAGGACGGCUUUAAGAAAGGGCGAUCCAUCGACCGAAAAUCGAUGGAAAGAAUUGUUAGAAGACAUGCUGGAGUUGCAGCGUAAAGUCUUUUGUUGUAUCAGCCCCCAACUGUGCUACGAAAUUCUCGUUGGUAGCUUACUUUCUUCGGCUAAAAAGGAGAACAUCGUUUCUGCUGGUUUGAUGCUGCAGCUUCAUCCAAAUAUCGAUUCCCACACAUCACAGAAUCAUCACAUCAGUUCAACGUCGAAAAUUCCAUUUGGCCGAAGCAAAGAAUUAAUUCUCCAAGCAGCUGAAGAGUACAUUAAUUCUUCUGAAAACCUUUCGGAUCCCAGCUUAGACUUAGCGAGCUAUUGUCUCAAUUUAGUGACAAUUGACGACGAAACUAUUCAAGAAGAAAAGGAUCUAAUUGGCGCUAUUCAGCUUCUGUACGAUUAUGGAUUGGAUAUGCCACCGCUCAAGAUAAGGUUGUCGCGAAAUCGUCUUUUUCUCAUUGAUCAAGUUUUGAAACAAGCUAACAAAGCUUACAAGAACUCGUCUCGACUCCUCCGACUUGGACAUCUGCUCAGAGCUUGCAAAGGAAGUUCGUUAACUAAUAAUGAAGAUCGUCGGAAAGAACUAGAAGGGCAUAUAUAUGUCCGAAUUGCUGAAACGGCAAUCAUAAAACAAGAUCUUGAAGUAGCUGGCCAAAUGUGUGGAAAACUUCGUUUAGCCAAUCAUGCAGUCGGAUGGAAGGUCUGCAGCCAACUAGCCAAGCUUGAUGAAGUGACCGAUUUGAGUAUGAAGAUAGAAUUCAUCUCCUUCUCUUUAGUCUAUUGCCCAGCUGAAUGCAUCGAAGAAUUGCUACAAUUGCAAUGGAAGUUGGAACAAAAACAACUUGAACAGGAAUGCAAAAAACAAAUUAAAAUGUACAUGGAUUACGAAAACGGCAAUGAUAAUUUCUUGAAGUUGGUGUAUCCAAAAUCAGUCGAAGACUAUCGUCAAGAGAUGGAUAAAAAUAAUCAGAUUCCAACUACCACAACUACCAGUGGUGGAAGCGUGUCGAAGCAGGUGUUGCAGACAACUGCGGAAACGACAAAGCAAUUGGUGAAUGUCGUCAAGAGCAGCUUGAAACUAAAAGAAGCUCGGCCAGCAGAAAAUGGAGCAAGAAAAACGCCCACCCCUAGAACAUCAGAAGAUAAUAAAGAAUGCAUCCGUUGGGGCUUAUCCGUGUUCUAUUGGGACGUCUGGUGCAACAAAAGGAUAGAACUUCACGAGAGUCAAUUGGGUGCUUCCUAUCGGCUUUUUUCUCUGCCCGAGAUGGUCAAUAGUGAACUUAAUCUUCUCAUGUGGUCCUGGCGAAUGCUGGUGCUGGACAGCCUGGAAAAACCUUACGUCAAAAGCCGUUCAAGAGACGACAUAUUAUCCAAGUUAGCCGAAUGUCUAUUUCCUUCUGAUUGUUUGCUGGCCUUGGGCCAUCUAUUGGAUCUAGAGGCGACCGAAGAAGCAUGGGAGCCUUUAACGCGUUUACCCAGCACAGAGAUCACUCUGCAGAUGGCUGCCUAUUAUUUCUCUCUACGCAUGAUGCGUUUCUCUCAGGACGAAUCCUUGGUUGCUGAUGCCAACAUGGUCACCGCCCGUCCGCGCACUCUGAUCCAUCGUUGCCUGACCCUUCCCGAGACAGGUUUGUCGAAAGAUCAGGUUGUGUGCCGCAACCUUCUCAAACGAGCUCUACGACUUCUAGCCGAUGUGUCUGAAGCGCAGCAACUACGUCGAUUGGACGGAGGAGUCGAUAUUAAUCGAUUCACGACGGACGAUAUCUACAAGCGAGAUACAAUUGUAGGUCUUGCCAUCACAACUGAUUCCGGCGUCUAUUCAGCAGCCGUACGCUUGGCAGCACAUUAUGGCGUUUCUGAAUGGGAAGUGACAUUUUCUCAUCUGGCAGCUUUGUUCGCCGAAGAGAAGAUUGCUCCAAGCUAUAUCGUGAAACACAUGGACGAAUACCGCAUACGCGACAUCUUAUUCAAUGACCCACAAACACUCGGGGCGAAGAUGGUGGACGUAAUCUAUCCGAGUAUUUCGGGUCGAGAUUAUGGUCGGCUAGUCCUUUUCUUCCAGUUACUCAAUUCGAACCCAACGACUGCUGCAUUCACGGAGCCCCCCGCUCCUGUAUACGUUCAAAUUCUGCGUAAGCUGGAAUCGAUUAAGGGUGUUGACGUGAAAAAGCUGACGCGAUCCGUUCAAGGUUUUGUGCAAGAGAUUGAGAGCGUCGCCACUGCGGAAAACGUUGGCAAACUAGCCAAGCUCGCACAACUGAUAUCGUCUUCGGUCAAAGGAAUGUCGCCGGGCGUAAGCCAGGCUACCGUGCAUUCAAUCUGGAUUCGGAAAUAUUUUUUCGCGUUGGCCGAUGAAGGCAAAAGUGUGGCGGUCUCCGAUUGGCUUGAUCGAUUUGAAAGUUGCAAGACUCACGUCACCAAGCUAAAUUCAGAAGAGUUCUUAAACCUUGUCGAUGGCCUUUGCUUCUCCGAUCGUGCCUUGGACUUGCUGACGCUUGAUAUCCGGACAGAAAUUUGUCGUCGAUGUCUGAAAAUCGCCAAAGAGCGCGGCAAAAGCAAAGCUUCCAGCGACGCUCUAGUCUCGGACGACAACCAGGCCCGCAUGGAAAAGUGGGCGGAGCAUUUGGAACGUUUGAGGAGUGACGAGUACAUCCAGAUCCGCACGGAAGUUGUCUCAUCAGCAGGAAGUCAAUUUUGGAGGGAGUUUGAAAAGAGUCGGGCGGAAGAGACCGCCUUGCAUCGGGUGCUGUUACGGAUUCUGGUGGAGAGGCAGCCCUUGUCCGUCGUUCGACUACUCAUUGGCAUUUUCCCGCCGGAUUUUGGUUCAUCGCCGGAAGACGUUCUUGUUGAUGCCAUUCGCUACGUCCUGGAAUUCCUCCGCCGAUCCGUCGAAGUUGACAAAGGCGAACACGAGUUGGCCGGCAAAGAUGCAAUGCAGGUGUUACUACAUCUGUUGACUCAGGUCGGUGAAGUUCUGGAUGGCCAUGAAGAAACUGGUCUCCUCAGUCGCUUGGAUAUUGGUGAAAUGAUGAGCCAGUUUUACGAGGACGACACAAUUGACGUUCAGGUCCGCCUCCAACUGAUGUUGAUGCUGCAAACACUUCCGGUAGACUUUGUCGGUCUAUCUGAAUCCGGAAGCCGUGUUCAAUGGCUCCGCUCUUUGGCACUGAUCCAACAGUCUUGGACAUCAAACCAAGACGAUACAGCCGAUCCCCAAAAUGUUAUCCACCGUCUGAGAGAAGAGGACCUGAGGAGCGUCGAGCAACGCCGAAAUAUUUUCGAUCGGCUCUUGGAGAUGAGCCACACCAUCGCUCAUUUGACGUCGCUGGCCAAGUUGCUCAAUUUCUGGCCGCCAUUUGAAUCUGAAAGUGAUCCGCAUUCUACUCCGUGGGUUGUACUUUGGAUGGCGAUGAGAAAGCUGACGUCCUCCCUGGACGACACAUCCGUAUUGGAAUCCCUAAAGCUUGCCUUGGAACAGAAACCGCCCUUGUCUGACGAAUGCAUCCACCUCAUUUACCAGACUGUGAGGAGCUUGCCUUCAGACGACGCCAAUUCCAACAUCCGUCUCCGCCUGCACGUCGCACUCCGGUCUUCUCUGCCGUUUUUGCUGGAUGAUGUCAUAAAUUUUGUGGACUCGGCCCAAGAGUUGAACGAGGCGGAUUACGACCAAGAGAUACUAGAUCUUAUCCUGGAGCGAGGAUUGACGGGACGAUUGGCCGGCACCGUGCUUUAUGCACCAUUGUGCGAGAGACUCUUGUCAUCAUCGCAGCCAACAUCUCGAGUGGAAGACGUCGCCCGGCAGUUGGUCGAUCGGAAUCGCAGAUCUGAGGCCGGACAUUUGUUACAAUUGACGAACGGACUACCGCGUUACCUGUUGAACCUGUCCACGUCCUUGUAUUUCUCGCGCAGGAGAUUGUAAGUUUUCUAGAAAACCAAACUCCAAUCCAUCAUUAUGCGUGACGAAUGUUUACCAAAGUCUAGUUGAGUUUGUGCUUAUCAUUUCGGGGUCUGUUUUUGGAGGAAGAGGAAUUAAUACAAGUUAUUGGUGAUCA